UAUAAAAAAACAAGUUGUCACUUAAAAAGUAUUUUUCUUUUGUAUGCCGAGUAUAUAUUAUUGUAUGCGGACAUACAAACAAAAUACAUAUAACCAUUGUUACUUUUUGAAGAUUUUGUAUCUGUAAAAUAUUGGUGUCCAUUGGUCUCCAUCUUACUAAUAGAAGGAAAGGACGAGGAAAGGGAGGUUUUGAAUUGCUCAGAAGUUUGUCUUCAUUAAUUUCCACACAUCUAAACACUCAGAAAAAUCAUUCUAAGACCUUCACUUUGACCGUUUCCGCUUAUAUUAGAUCUAACCAACUGCUCAUCCUAAAUUCUCCGGGUAAUCUUUUGUCAAUAGCAAUUCACUCAUAAAUCAUACGUAAGUUCAUAUCGUGGAUAUAAUUCUGUAUAAUCUAAGUUUUAGUGUGCAACUUCAGUUCAGGGGUAUCAACAUCAAUCAAGAAAACUAAAAGACACCCUUGUCUUUAACAUGGAUUACGACUCGCUCAUCAAUAAGCUAACUCAAGGCAUGGAACACACUAAGCAGCUCAGAACUUACCUGAGCUCCGUAGCUUCCACUUCUAAAGCGAUUCCAGAAUUGCUUCUGCAAAAGAUUCUUUCUUCUUAUGAACAAUCUCUGUUAAUUCUCAAAUGGAGUGGCUCACCAGUCCAAUCCGUUCCAGCAGCUCCUGCAAUCGAAUCAAUGGUAUCUGGUGAUGUAAAACCUAGGAGUGAUGACAACAAAAGGAGUUCCGAAGAUCAUCAGAAGCUCAUACAUAUUUCAAAAAGAAGAAAACCAUACUUUUCCGAACAAGUAAGAGUCAAAUCUGAGAGUGAAGUUGAAGGUCCUCAGGAUGAUGGAUAUAGCUGGAGAAAGUAUGGGCAGAAAGAUAUUCUUGGAGCUGUGUUUCCAAGAGACUGCUAUAGAUGUACAUCUCGUCACAUGCAAAGGUCUGAUGUUGAUCGUACUGUAUUUGAGAUCACAAACAAAGGCUACCAUACUUGUCUGAGACACCAAGUUACUAACUCUACACUACAAGCAACAUCGCCAGAGAAAGAAGCCAGCCAUCACGGCGUGAUAGUAGGUGGAUGUUCAUCAUCUUUUGUCUCUCCUACAACCCCUGAAUCAAACUACUUGUCAAUCUCUAACUGCCAGAUGAAUGGUCUUGGAAUAGCUCACAACUUAGACCAUUCAGAAUCAUACCCCAGUGAUAUUGGACUAUUUCGUGACUUGCACCAUUCAGACUCAGACCGCACUGAUAUCUCCGCCAACACUUCCACAACAAGUUCUUCAAUGGGUGGUGAGUUUGCUAGAUUAUCUGGAGGUAGACCCGAUUUUUCCAUUUGGACAAAACGACAUCCCCAGACCAAAGCUAAUACUCCCCAAAAGGAUGAUAAGGAUGAAUAGUUUUGAUCUUAUCACCAAGUUACUCUAUCGAGAUUGCAAAAUUUAGCAAUAAAUCUAGCAGGUUGCAGAUUAGAAACUAGCUAUGAUAUUAGUACCAAUAGUCUACUGUGUUGUUUCAAGGGCUGAGUGAAAUUCAAGGAUAUUCUAGCAAAAAGUUAUUAAAUAUUCAUGAAUUUUAUAUAGCUACAGACAAUUUGGAUAGGCUUAUGUUCGUGUACAAUCAUAAGCAACCCAAUUCGUUUGGGCUACACUAUCAUCAGUCAUGUCUUCGUUCAACUUAAAGUC